CUCCUCUUGCUUCAGUGGAUGGUUGUUGAUCAGGACCUUUAUCUGAAUAGCAGGUUCCAGAAAGUAAGGCUGUUAAGUACUGUGGCUAGUCUAUAAGUACUUGCGCUCCAUUGAGGUGAUUGAAGACCGGCACAAGCUUCAUCCUUAUUUCGAUUUAAGCUCCGAGCAGUACCAAAAUCCUCCUCGACCGACUCAAACAACAUUUGACAAGUAUUCCUUACUGAGAACCACUUCCUCAGAUGUCAGUACCUCAAUCAAUCAUAAUUGUGGGGGGAGGGGCUUUUGGAUUAUCCACUGCCCUAUCGAUCUCUGAGCGACACCCAAAGAGCAAGGUGACACUGAUAGAAGCGUCUUCGGUAAUUCCAAAUCCCCAUGGAUCAUCAGUGGACAUGUCUCGCAUCAUUCGUGCGGACUACGCUCAUGCUCCCUAUGCACGGCUUGCUGUUCAAGCCCUCGAUCUCUGGCGCACCGACGACUGGGGCGGUGGUGGUCGUUACAUGCAGAACGGUCUACUGAGCGUAUUUCGAGAAGAUGGUAGCAGUGGACACCAAUUCGCAAGAAAGAGUUUCGAGACCCUCAAGGCCAUGAAGGGCAGCCAAGUCGAAUUUCUCUCUUCAAAGGAAGAUGUACUUCGAGUUGCACCGACAUUCGGGAAAGCCAUGGAAAUUGACGCCGGUUACAUAAACUGGGGAGCUGGUUGGGCAGAUGCAGAGGCGGGUGUCCGCUACGCAAAGGAACGGAUAGAAAAAGAGGGCAAAGUAACUCUCCUGUCUGGAACGGUGAAGCAGCUCAUAUACGACCACAAUGACCAAAAUACCACAGAAGAAUGUCGCAGGGUAACAGGUGUUAUGUUGAGCGACCAAUCUGUCCUCCACGCUGACCUAACUGUCCUCGCAACUGGUGCAUGGACGCCAAAACUGGUGGAUCUGCAGGGAAUUGUGAGGGCGACAGGUCAAAUCUUGCUUUAUAUUCAAAUCUCCCCCGAAGAGCAGGAGCGCCUUUCUCAUCAGCCCACUAUAUUCAACUGGACCAAUGGAUUUUUCAUUAUACCGCCUCGCAACAACCUUCUCAAGGUCGCCCGCCACGGACAUGGGUAUCUGAACCCGACUACGAUUCCUACAAUUGGAGGAAAUGGCGAAAGAAUGCAAGUCAGUUUACCGGAGAUCGGCCUCACGGUGCCCCUUAGGUCACAAGAGGCUUGUCGCGCUGCUCUGCGAGAAUUAUUGCCCGACCUUGCGGAGCGUCCUUUCACAAACACUCGUAUUUGCUGGUAUACUGACACACCCAGCGGCGACUUCAUUAUUACCUACCACCCCCGUCACCCUGGCCUUUUCCUUGCCACUGGCGGCAGUGGCCAUGGAUACAAGUUCUUGCCUGUCAUCGGUGACAAGAUUGUGGAUGCCAUAGAGGGCAGCCUUGAGGCUGAAUACCGGGAAUUAUGGAAGUGGCCUGCGGGUGUCGAGGACUUUGGGGGAGACGGCAGCCGAUUUGGUGAGAAAGACGUUAAUCUGAUGCAAGAGUUGGCCAACGACAAAAGAAACAACCGGAAAGUUCUUUAGACAAUUCCGAGUUGGAUAUCCCUACCAUUGAAAAGACGGGUGAGCACAGCAGCGCAUGGCGGUCAGUUCGCCCUCUGCCUUGGCGAUAAUUCACUGUCUCUAUAAGGGAAAAAAAGAAAUGAAAGAAAAUAUGAAAA